AUGCAUUCUAAGCCUCAUCAGCAGAGUCCUCCUGUUACUCUGAACAGGCAGCGCAUAGCUACUAAGCAUUGGCUUGCAAAACCAGGAGUUCAAGACAUGCAAAAUGCAAAGGCACACAUUCGGAUGGUGAGCAAAAAAAAUGCCCCUGCAGAGGCAAAUACACAUGUCCCUUUGAUCAGUUCACCCACACUUGAUGGUCUUGAUUCUCACAAUAUCACUCCUGAGGUUGACGAUGGAUCUAUACUCACUAUGGAGGAUGACUUCUGGUGUUCCUGUGACUUGCUAACCCUGCAAAGCAUUGAGAACACCACCAACUGCUGGCAAAAGGGAUGGUCCCAGGAGUCUGAACAUUUGUGGGAUGAUGCAUAUGAGAAACUACUUGAAGGUGCACAACAGAAGGGGGUAUGA